CUUACACAUAUUUUAUCAUCGGUGUAAUUAUCCACUCAGAACAGUCACUUGGAGUGUUUGAUGCUGGGAAUGGCUCUGAGAUGUUUCUGCGCCCCAGAUAUUCCAACUCAGUACCAAAACCAUGUGAAAUUGGAACAGAGAAGCAGCAAUAAGAAGUGUCUUCAGAAUGUGAAGAGUCUGGUCAACACUAUUGAGCUUCCAUCCAUUUCAUCUUCUCCACUUGAGUCUCUUCAGAGAGGCAACUGGGUCAAGCUCAUUUGUGGUGCAAGCUUUGAGGAUGUUGUUGAUAUCAGAAAUCUCAGUUUGGUUUACACUCUUGCUGGAGUUGACUGCAUUGACUGCGCUGCUGAUGCUUCGGUUGUCAGCGCUGUGAAUGAAGGAAUUGAAGCUGCAAGAGAUAUAUUAUGCAUUCGAAGGCCGUGGGUGAUGAUCAGUGUCAAUGAUGACAAAGACCUUCACUUUCGUAAGGCUGAAUUUGAUCCAGAGGACUGUCCAGCAGACUGUUCACGGCCUUGUGAAAAUGUGUGCCCUGCUAAUGCAAUAUCAUUCCAACGAAAACCUAAUGUUGGAAAUAUGAUGUUGGAAAACCUAAAGGAUGGAGUCAUCACUGAACGCUGCUAUGGCUGUGGUCGCUGUCUUCCAGUUUGCCCCUAUGAUAAAAUUAGAGAGGUAACAUAUGUUAGAGAUGCUAUCACAACUGCUGAUCUCAUCAAAAGAAAUGAUGUUGAUGCUAUGGAGAUACACACAAGUGGGAGGCAGAGUACACUGUUCGAAGAACUCUGGUAUGCUCUAGGAGACACAGUACAAAAUUUGAAGCUAAUAGCAGUUAGCUUACCUAAUAAUGGGGAUUCAACAAUAUCCUCCAUGAACAAAAUGUUCUCUAUUAUGAAACCCAGUCUUCGAGGCUUCAACUUAUGGCAGUUAGAUGGCCGUCCCAUGAGUGGAGAUAUUGGGAGAGGAGCCACUAAGGAAUCAAUUGUGUUUGCUGCUCAUUUGACUAAAGCAAAAGAUAGACCUCCAGGUUUUCUUCAACUUGCUGGUGGAACUAAUGCUCACACAAUAGAUGGGUUGAAAAAAGAGGGACUCUUUCAAACAACUAUAACCGAGUACCUAGAUGAUGAAAUGUCAACAAUCAGCUCAUCUAAUUCAUCACAUGUUUUAAUUAGUGGCAUAGCUUACGGUGGCUACGCACGGAAGAUUGUUGGUAGAGUAUUGCGAUCCAUGCAGACCCAACAUGGUGGAGCUGCUUCGAUUGAGGAUCAUCCGGAGCAUCUCUUGAUGGCUCUUAGGGAAGCACUUGCAUUGGUUGGACCUGUUAAAAAUGUCUGUGAUCCAUGACAACCUCACAGUUUAAGUACUUUCUUUCAUGCAGCAAUAUGCAUAAUAGUCUUUCGAUAGUAGUCAAUACUAAUAGGUUCUGUAGCUUGAUGCUUUCGUGCAAUGCAUGAGCAAGACAUAGCAAGUUGAGGUUGGAUCAA